UUUACAUCUGAGUAUUUGUGGACAUUGAAGGGUGUACGAUCUGAAAAGGCAGUUCUUUUAUUACUGUGUAAUACGGUUCAAUUCAAAUCUUUUGCGUGAUGCGGACACUUCAUACAUUUUAUUGUUGCUUAUAAUCUUCGAGGACAUAUUUCUUGCAUUGGAACAGCUGUAAUCGUUUGUCAUGGAGGCCAGAAGACAAAGACGCAGAUGGGAGUACUGUUGGAUUGCUUUGUGUUUCUCUUUGCUACUGAGCUUCGGGACGCAGGUUUGCGCUCAGAUAAGAUACACAAUUCCAGAGGAAUUGAAGGAGGGAUCCGUUGUCGGACAUGUCGCUAAGGAUUUGGGUCUUGACGUCAGUACCUUAGUAAAUAGAAAGAUCCGUAUUGUGUCUGGGGCAAAGGACGCUCUUUUCCAGGUAAAUCAGAACAAUGGCGUCUUAUAUGUUUAUGGUAAAAUUGAUAGAGAGGAACUGUGUGAUGGAAAUGGCGCGUGCUCGAUUAACCUAAAAAUGGCAGUGGAAGAACCCUUAGAAAUACAUUACGUCGGAGUAGAGAUAACUGAUGUUAAUGACAACCCCCCAACAUUUUCAGAGGACGAGCAGCAUUUUGAAAUUGCGGAACACACACCCACAGGGACACGUUUCCAGAUACAGGCAGCGCGAGAUGCUGAUACAAAAGCUAAUAAUGUCCGUUCAUAUAAACUCAGUCAGAACGAGCAUUUCGAAGUUGAUACAAAAGACAGACAUGAGGAGAAAAUACCGUUUUUAGUUUUAAAGAAAUCACUAGACCGUGAAAACACACCAGAGCAUAGAUUAAUACUGACCGCAAUUGAUGGUGGAAAUCCACCACGAUCAGGAACUCUUAACAUUAUUAUUACUGUACUUGAUAUUAAUGACAAUCGCCCUGUGUUCAGCGAAGACACGUAUUCUGUAACAGUUAGAGAAAAUGCUGCACAAGGCACCGUACUAAUAAGGCUUAACGCAACUGACUUAGACAAGGGCUCAAACGGCGCUGUUGAAUACGCAUUUGGAAGAAAUAUUAAUCGUAAAUUGCAAAGUCUUUUUAAACUUGAUAGUAUAACCGGAGAAAUACAAAUAAAAGGUGAACUGGACUAUGAGGAAACAGAAGUGUUCAAGUUAGACGUGCAGGCAUCUGAUAAAGGACAACCUCCAUUGGCAGCGGAAUCCGUCGUUAUCAUUAAAAUAAUUGAUAUAAAUGACAACGCCCCUGAAAUAGACCUCACGUCUCUGUCUAAUGUAGUUUCCGAGGAUUCUAAACCUGGAACUGUUAUUUCACUAGUCAGUAUCAGCGAUAAAGAUUCAGGGAUCAAUGGAAAAAUAAUAACAACUAUAACUUAUAAUGUACCUUUUGAGCUAAAACCGUCCUUUCAAGAGAAUGUUUAUUCUCUGGUCACAAAAGGUAGAUUAGACCGAGAACUUCAGUCUCAUUACGACAUCACAAUUACAGUCACUGAUUUAGGACAGCCUCCUUUAUCCGCCUUUAAAUCUUUGAGCGUGCAGGUAUCUGACGUAAAUGACAACAAUCCGGAAUUUUCUCAAGAUCCCAUUGAAUUAUAUAUAGUUGAAAAUAACGCUCCUGGUGCGUCCAUAUUUUCUGUGAUUGCAUCCGAUAAAGAUUUGAAUGAAAACGCCAUGAUUACCUAUAAUAUAAUAAGAGGUGAAGGUGCGCAAAAUGACAUGUCCUCGUUCUUAAACAUAAACUCUGAAACAGGCGUUAUUUACGCCUUAAAUCGUUUUGACUUUGAAGUUACGCGAAAGUUCAAAUUCCAAGUUCUUGCAAAGGAUUCAGGAACCCCGUCUCUGAGCAGUAAUGUGACAGUGCACGUGUUCAUUUUGGAUCAGAACGACAAUGCUCCAGUGAUCUUAUAUCCAGUCAGCGCUAACGGUUCUGCUGAGGGUGUGGAGGAGAUUUCCCGCAAUGUGAACGCAGGUCAUUUGGUGACUAAAGUCAGAGCCUAUGACGCAGAUAUUGGAUACAACGGCUGGUUAUUAUUUUCACUGCAGGAAGUUAGUGAUCACAGUCUCUUUAGUUUGGAUCGCUAUACAGGACAGAUAAGAACCCUUCGCUCAUUCACAGAAACAGACGAGGCCCAGCAUAAACUGGUCAUACUGGUGAAAGACAAUGGGAACGUUUCUCUGUCAGCAACAGCGACUGUGAUUGUCAAAGUUGUGGAGCCCAAAGAGGCUUUUGCAGCUUCUGAUGUUACAAACUCAGUAAAAGACGAGGAGGAAAACAACGUGACAUUUUAUUUGAUCAUCACAUUGGGCUCUGUGUCAGUGCUUUUUAUCAUCAGUAUCAUCGUGUUGAUUGUAAUGCAGUGCUCUAAAUCUACUGACUAUUCGUCCAAGUAUUUACAAGAUACGAAUUACGACGGGACUCUGUGUCACAGCAUUCAGUACAGAUCUGGAGACAAACGGUACAUGCUAGUUGGACCCAGAAUGAGUAUCGGCUCUACUCUAGCACCUGGCAGUAAUAGGAAUACUCUAGUGAUACCAGAUCGCAGGAGAAGAGAUUCUGUAGAGAAAUCGACGGCCAUGGAACCUCGGGGACAAAGCCUCAGAUGGGAGUACUGGUGGACAGCUCUGAGUUUUUCUUUGGUUCUAUUCGUCGACCAUCAUGUUUCGGCUCAAAUACGAUAUUCUGUUCCAGAGGAGGUGAAAGAGGGAUAUGUCGUUGGAAAUAUUGCUAAGGAUUUGGGUCUUGAUGCCAGUACUUUGGUGGACAGACGGUUUCGUAUUGUUUCUGGAUCAAAUGACGCAUUCUUUCAGGUAACCCAGCACAAUGGCAUGUUGUAUGUAGAUAAGCAUAUCGACAGAGAAAAUGUAUGUGAGGGAAACAGCGCCUGCUUGAUAAAUUUAAAAACAGUUAUCGAAAAUCCGCUCGAGGUACAUUAUGUGGAAAUCGAAAUAACAGAUGUGAAUGAUCACUCUCCGUCUUUUCACGAUAAGGAUUUCAAUCUAGAAGUGUGGGAAAACGCAGUAACUGGAACACGAUUUGAACUUCAAACUGCUAGAGAUUUAGACGCAGGUGUUAAUUCAGUCCGGCUCUACAAGCUAAGUAAAAACGCACAUUUUGAUUUAGAAAUUAAAGAUAGUGUAUACGGAGACAAAAAUCCCUUUUUAGUACUACAGAAACAACUAGAUAGAGAAACUACUAAAAUGCACAGGUUACUACUGACUGCAAUAGACGGUGGAAAUCCUCCUAAAUCAGGCGUUCUCAAUAUCACGGUCCGUGUUUUGGAUGUAAACGACAACCGUCCAAUAUGCAAUAGUGACACUUUAACUAUAACUCUGCGGGAAAAUUCAAUUAUGGACACCGUAGUGAAAAUAAUCAAUGCAAGCGAUGCAGAUAGUGGUCUAAAUGGUGAAGUGGAAUAUACAUAUGGUAGAAACAUGAAACCUAAAAUACAUGAGAUAUUUCAGUUAGAUCGGACGACUGGUGAAAUACUUGUUAAAGGCUUGAUUGACUUUGAAGAAAACGAUAUAUACAGUUUAAUGAUAAGGGCCUCAGACAAGGGCAUUCCACCUCUCAAUACCGACUGUCAGCUUAUCGUUAAAGUGGAAGACGUGAAUGACAAUAAACCAGAAAUACAAGUAACAUCUCUUUCAAAUGUCGUUUCGGAGGACGCAAAAAUCGGAACGGUUAUUUCUCUCAUAAGCGUAAGUGAUAAAGAUUCCGGAAUUAAUGGCAAAGUAGUGUGUAGCCUCUCGGACAAUGUACCAUUUGAGUUGAAACAGUCCGUUCAGGACAAUAUGUUUUCUCUUGUAACGAAAACACGCUUAGAUCGAGAACGAGUGUCCGAAUAUGAUAUAAAAAUCAUUGCAACAGAUUUGGGUAACCCUCCUCUUUCAGUCUUCAAAUCUAUGCGUGUACAGGUGUCAGAUGUAAAUGACAACAUGCCAGAUUUUUUUGCGAAUUCUCUAGAACUUUACUUACCUGAAAACAAUGCGCCAGGCGCGUCUAUAUUUUUUGUCAAUGCUUUUGACAAAGAUAUUAAUGAAAAUGCUGCAAUAACAUAUCAUAUGAUUAGAGGCGGAGGGACGCAGAAUGAUAUGGCAUCUGCUCUAAACAUAAAUUCUGAGACUGGCGUCAUUUACGCACUGAAGAGUUUUGACUUUGAAACUUUAAAAAAGUUCCAGUUUUACGUGCUCGCUACAGACUCUGGAUCACCGUCUCUAAGCAGUAACGUGACAGUGAACGUUUUUAUUCUGGACCAAAAUGACAAUGUCCCAGUGAUCCUACAUCCUAUCAUGGCCAACGGUUCUGCUGAGGGUGUGGAGGAGAUUCCCCGCAAUGUGAACGCAGGUCAUUUGGUGACUAAAGUCAGAGCCUAUGACGCAGAUAUUGGAUACAACGGCUGGUUAUUAUUUUCACUGCAGGAAGUUAGUGAUCACAGUCUCUUUAGUUUGGAUCGCUAUACAGGACAGAUAAGAACCCUUCGCUCAUUCACAGAAACAGACGAGACCCAGCAUAAACUGGUCAUACUGGUGAAAGACAAUGGGAACAUUUCUAUGUCAGCAACAGCGACUGUGAUUGUCAAAGUUGUGGAGCCCAAAGAGGCUUUUGCAGCUUCUGAUGUUACAAACGCAGUAAAAGACGAGGAGGAAAACAACGUGACAUUUUAUUUGAUCAUCACAUUGGGCUCUGUGUCAGUGCUUUUUAUCAUCAGUAUCAUCGUGCUGGUUGUAAUGCAGUGCUCUAAAUCUACUGACUAUUCGUCCAAAUAUUUACAAGAUACGAAUUACGACGGGACUCUGUGUCACAGCAUUCAGUACAGAUCUGGAGACAAACGGUACAUGCUAGUUGGACCCAGAAUGAGUAUCGGCUCUACUCUAGCACCUGGCAGUAAUAGGAAUACUCUAGUGAUACCAGACCGCAGGAGGAGAGAUUCUGGAGAGAGCACACUCAGGUGGUGUGCGUCUGUGUCUUCACCCACUAGCUGUAAUACACACAACACAUCCACCAGUUUACACUUGCCUAGAGUUCCCAAUACAGACUGGAGAUAUUCUGCAUCGCUCAGAGCAGGAAUGCAAAGUUCAGUCCACAUGGAGGAGUCGUCCGUGAUGCAGGGAGCACAAGGAGUUUUGGUUCAGAACUGGCCCACGGUCUCCAGUGCUGCCGAUAAUGAGGGUGGAGAGGUCUCCCCUCCCAUAGGCACUGCAGUGGACAGUAACAGUUGGCAUUUCCGGUACGGUCCUGGUCCAGGGGGUCCUCCUCCGCACCUGAAACCGGGCGAGGUCCCUCCUGAAGCCUUCAUCAUUCCCGGUUCUCCGGCGAUUAUCUCCAUCCGACAAGGACAAGAUGGCGACGACAAGAGCGACUUUAUUUCCUUCGGAAAAAAGGAUGAAAAGAAGAAGAAGAAAAAGAAGAAGGAAAAGAAGGACAAACGGGAGAAAGGGAAGGAUGACGACGAUUAGAGAGAGGGGAAGAAAAUUCAACAGAGUUCUUAACAUCAGUCUGGAUGAGAACACAAACGUCUACUUAAUAAUCAGAAAAUUGUGCUUACAUUUUUUUUUAGCAUGUUUC